AUCUUAUCAAUUUCGUCUAUUCAAUCUGUUAGUUUCUCUUUCUCUCCAUUAUUUUACCGAGCAAAUAUAAUUUUUCUUAAGCGGUGUUGACUGUUCUUCACAAUAGUUGUGUCACUCUAUUAUUUUCAUUUCAAAACGAUGUUCUGUUACAAAGUUCUUCCUUCAAAGAUUUUGAGGAUGGAUCUUUUUGUGAUUGUAUAAUACAGCCACUGGUGCAGCUGCUUGAAGAGUAAAUCAUGGUCCGUGUAAUAUCUGCACACCAUUUUGACAGCCAAACUAUUCAGACAUGUGAAGAUGCAUCAGCUGUUACAAUAGCUCCACCAUCAAAAUUGUUGGUAGCCCUUCUCCACCAUGUCAUAGAGGUCAGAGACCUCUCACAAUCUGGUGAAGUUUUAUUCACCUUCCCCACCAUCGAUCAAGUGGAUACAAUUGUACACAGUCGCAUCGGAAACUAUGUUGCAACUUUAGAAAGAAAAAAAGCAAGAUAUGGCUCAGAAGGUGCGUAUGUACGUGUCUAUGCUAACUGGGACUGUAUUGGUGAAAAAGAGAGAGCAGAUGGGAAUGGUCAACCAAUCAUGGCACGGAUUGCUGGCAAAGUUACACCAACCAGCAGUCAAAUCAAACGAGGCUCACUAGAGAUGAUAGAGCUUCCUAUUAAAUACUCAUCAAUAAAUCUAUUGGCUUGUUGUCAGAGCACUGGAAAUCUCAUCAUUGGUUCAAAAAAAUCAAUCACUAUCUUUCAUGUUGUAUUUAGAACACAUGACAUCUCACGUUUGAAAUUUCUAGACUUUGAACCCAGUUCUUUUAACCUUGAGUUAAGUUUUGAACCUACUUCAAUUAGCCUAGUGGAAGAUAUCGUUGCUGUACUGAAUUCAAAUUCAGUCCAUGUAUUCAAGAUAACUGAAGGCAGCGAUACCAGUAAUUCAGAUGUUUCCAAAAACUUGAUCUCAAAGAAGAAGUCCAUGUCUCUUGGUAGUAGCGAGGAGUCAGUGCCUUCCAAAAGUCAUGCCGAUGAAAAUUCAGAUGACCUUUCCAGCUCUGGAGCUCCGUCCACAUUAGAUUUAAAUGUUUUAAUAAAUUCCGUUCUAAAUCCACAAGGCCCUUUCGAAUGGGAACACGUUCUGCAUAAAAAUUCUUUCCCAGUAGUUGUGCAAUUUCCUAGUAUUCCAUCUGCUGUAGGAAUGAGUGAUAGUUCAAACUUCAAAUCUUCCUCCUUCAAGUCAAGUCACUCUGUCUCAAAAAUGCCCGUCACAAUUCUGAAAAACACUGAAGAAGAAGGGCAGAUAUCCAUAGAAAACUUGCUACGUCUUGAACUUCUUGAUAUGGAAUGUGUACUUGACAAGCUCCAAUGUCUCAUUUUAAGACCUUUAUACAGAACCUCAGGUGGAGAAAUAAACGCAGGUUCUGAUGUAAGUUAUCCUCAAUUAAGGUCAGAGCACUAUCCGCAACUUGUAGCCCUCAAUUGUCUGGUUUGCACUCAUCAAGAAGGCUUCAUGUAUCAUUUUCCUGCUCUAGAAGGAGGUCUGAAGUUUGGAGAGGGCAAGUGCAUAUCUGUGUACCAUUUUACAUCUCCAGUUAUUUCUGUGGUGUUGGAAUUGAAUCUCUUACAUGCUCUUACAGAAACUGGUCUAGAAACGUACACUCUACGAACAGCGCACCAUGCCCUUCAAGUUUGCAUGGACAUAGACUACCCCCCUCCAACAGAUCCUAUUUCCCUCAUCGGAUUGCGACCGUUUCUCGGAGUUGUGAACCUUCUACUUUCUGAAACAUAUCUUGUAAUUGUGGCAUCAUCACAUGAUACUUAUGAUUCUCCUCAUCUCUCAAGUGCGUGGACUCUGUAUUCAUUGCAAUUACCUUCUACUGCAACACUCUACACGGACAUUGUGGCUUUAGCUGUAAAUCAUCGAUUCAGUGGUCCCUCUAAUUAUUUACAGUUAUUGAACGAAGCACACAUAAUUCUCAAAGCAGCUGUCAACGUUCGAACUUAUCAUGAGUGUCCUCAGGUAGAUAUUGAAGUAGAGCUUUUUAAGGAGUCGUGUCUGAUGUUAGCUGAUCACUUACUGUCCUCAGAUAAUUUGAAAGACUGGCAAUAUGCAACAAAGCUAUAUAAUAGUGCUCAGGUGAGCCCUGCCCAAGUCAUAGAACGAAUAAAAAAGAUCGAAGCAGAUGCUAAAGAUGCCAACAUGCCAAUUAGUAUUGAGAAAGGGUUGACAGAAUAUCUUAAGUCAUCAGUUGGUUCGUGGCCUGAUCUCAGUGGUGAUUCCCCACAAACUAUUGCAGCCAUUCUCACUGAUUUUUUAGAGAACUCCAAGCAAGUGCAUAUUCUCCCCCUUUUAGUUUUACAGCAUUCAUUUUUAAGAGAAGUUUCCGGCGAAAAAAUCGUCAAUUUAAUUAAAGAACUUCGUAAUGGCAUUGACGACAAAAAUGACACAUAUCAUACAAUCAGUUUGGCCCUGGUUGUUUUAUACUUGCAGAAAGGGCUUGUUGAUGAGGCUAUGAAGAAUUUAAAAUUGUGUCUUUCAUCAAGAGAAAUUUGUACAUCUCUUCUUCUUUCUAAUCCUUUUUUGUUAUUCGAAAGGUCUAAGCUGAACCGUGUCACCAAUGAGAAAGAGUUCUCAUCGUUUUCAGAUUUAACAGUGCUAUUAAUAGACACAGACCCUGUGUUAUUUUGUGAAACUCUGCUACAGCUUGUUGAGCGAAAAUUUGUAGAUUUGCAGAUAGUCAUGAAAAUGUUUUUAAGUUAUUUGGUCACUUGCACAAGUGUAACGCAAGUGAAAGCCAGCCAAUGCCUUCAGUAUUUUUUGGAGUAUUAUUUUGCAAAGUUCAAAAGCACCUGUGAUCAUGAUUCAGGUCCAGUCACCAAAGAAGCCCUGAAAAUACUGAUGCGAUCAUACUUAAGUGAUCUAAAGCUAAAUUCCAUGGAAAAAUUUACUGACUCGCGCCUUAGUAACAUUGAUAACAUUUUCAGUGAUAGCCUUCCACCUGUCCUAAAAAUGCUUCCGGAUUCAAAAUCAAAAUUUCAUGAUUGUCCCAGUCUAAAAAAAUUGCAGUCGUUAAUCGUGAGUGGUUGGCUCGACAAAGAUGCUCUUAGCGAGUUAUCAGUUUAUGUACAUGAUGUACUACCAGAUUGUUUAAGUUUAAAAAUUCUUGCAGAACCAGAAAAUGCAAUAGAUCUAUUGUUCCAGCUUUGUCCAGAAACAUUACCACAAUAUGCUAAGGACACUUUUGAAUCUGAAAAUGAGUGGAAGAAUUUAGUUCAAAAACUCUUCGAUGCUGUAAAAGAAAACAGGAAUACCUCGGGAGAAGAUAAAGGAGACGAGCCAGUGUAUCUAAACUUACUAAAAGAUAUUUUGGAGCAUUUGGCAUCAAACCUAUCAAUGGAGGAGUUUUGUAGGAUUCUACCUCCUGAUUUUGAUUCCACCUUCCAUGAAUUUAUCGUCAGGUGUCAAAAUAUUUGUCAUGCUAAUGCUGUAAGAGCUCUCAUUAUCACAACAAGUCGUAAUCUUUUGUUGUCUAAAGGCUCAUGAUCUUCGGGGCGAGUUAUGACAAAAAGGAGACACAAAUAUUCCAAAGAUUCAUCUACAAGAGCCUUUGAAACAGAGAAUUCUCGUUGGUGAUGAUAUUUUGUAACCAAAUUUACUCUUAACCUUAAUUGCCUUGAUCAAAAGUUGAGAAGAAGCUGCCAGAAGAAGUCAGCGCUGUUGUUAGGAUUCUCAGUGAACACUAAGGACAUUGUUGAUGUCAACUGUCCAAGACCAUUUAGAGAGGGAAAUUCUGUCUCCAAAGAUUUUAAAAUAUGUAUAUUGAUAGCCAAGUAGAAAAACGUGUACUUAUCUCAGCGGCAUUACUUGAAAAUCUCCGAUUUUGUCUUAUUUUCUUCAAAAGAAAUUAAUCAAAAUGCUUUCUUUCAACUCAAUGUGAUAUUUUUUUGAAUGAGUGAAGAAAAUUCACUACAAAUUUCAGUCGAAACUUUGGGUUAGUUUCCCUUCUAAAAAUAAAACAUAAGUGGAUACUUACACCAUUGUAAUCUGAGAUACGCGUUUUUUCUUUACUUCAGCCAUCGAUAUGUACCUCGAAGGCCCUCCCCUGCUAUACUUUCUUUUUUUUGUGUAAGAAUAACAAAAUUUAAGUACAGAAAUUUUAAAAUUGAAAGAAAUGUUAUCGGAUGAUCCAAAAAUUGAGGGAAUAAUUUUUUUAUCUUUAAAGCUCAGCCUCCUGAAGAUUUCGUGGCUUCUCUUAGCCCAAAUGUUAUGAUGCCUUGAUUAUUUUGCUUUGAAUAAUGUACCAAUCACUGUUUGCAUUGUGUCGUGUCACUUUUAUUUCUUUUUUUUUUCACAACUUAAAUUUUGCUCUCGGCACCUCCUGGACGAUUAAACAGAGCCUUAGUUGGGUUCAGAGGUAAAAUUGUUCGAAUAAUUGUGCCAUUAGACAAGCAACCUUUUACAGAUAAGAAUUGAAACACUUGAAACUAUAUUUAACAUAAUUAGAGAAAGUAAUUCAUGCAAUUCCUGCAAGUCUCGAACUAUAAGGAAAUACACUGAUUUUAUCAAAUGAACAAUUUGGAAUAAAUUUGAAUUGAUUAAUGUGUUCAUAAAAUAUUAUGUAGCUGUUAAGUCCUAACACUUUCCGACCAAACAAAUGUGUGAUCGGGUGACUUUCAUCAAGCUGCUCAGACCGUGGUUCAUUUUGAUUGCCUGUAUAGUAGUUAUUUUGUUCAUUUCAGUACGUAAAAAAUAUUUUUCUGUGACACACCAAAAUGAAAUAAGAAACACCCUUUAUCUCACUCUGUUCUCUAGUUUUUUAGUCAUUUGGUACAGAUUUUUUCAUAUAUACAUGAGAACUGCUUCUAUAGUGCUCUCUAGAGCUCUACAACACAGCUAGUCGCCACAGCACCCUAUUCUUCUAUAGCCAGAUUAGUUCAUUUCUUUGAAAUCCCCCGUGGCUUGAGAGAGUUCUGAUCUUUUAUCCGUUCUGAUUUCGUAACUACAACUCUGAACGAUGUUCAGCCAAAAUUAUAUUUUACGUUAUUUCCUAAAGGCAGGAAAAUUAUUUGACAGCACUUUCGUUUGUAAAAAAAAGUUUUCCUUUGUUUACUGUACACUGUCAAAGUCUGUGCUUAGCUGAAUACUAAUGAAACCUGGGUUAUAUAAACUCUGUAUCAUCUGACUCAUUUCUAUGAGGAUUGUGGGUACAAAUUUCGAAAACUCAGCAGUCAAGAGUACCUUUUUGUAGUCAAGUUACAGAUUUUUUCAUUAUUUAAUUUUUCCCAUUUUUCAGAUUGCUAUCUGAUGCUGAUUUUUAAAGAAUAUUUUUACGAAUUUCAUAUCAACAAUUUUUUUACUUUAUUUUCACAGCUAUAAACAUUCUCAAAUGCAAUUUAAUCCUCAAAUUAUCUGAAUUUUCUGUUAUCUGAAUAGGCAUAUUAGUGUGAAUAAUUUGUUUUGCAGUCAUCAUAUUGACUAGCUAUGUGUAUUUGUACCUUUUUUUAUGCUAAGUGCCUAAUUAAUCAGCUUAAAUUGAAUCGUUCGUUUGUUAGAGGGUUAAAGUGGAAAAAUUGUGAGCAAGUCUUGGAACGUCUUAGGGAGCAUUCAUUAAUUACACACCAGGGGUGAAAAAACUUCACAACCACGCAACUGGACGGGUCGCGAUCGGUCGCGUGUGAAAAUGGAAAGUCCCCAAAAGUGGUGUCCAUUAAUGGGAAUGCCGGCAAAAACGCGUUUUACUUUGACUAUCUGUGGUAAAAAUCUUGUCUUUGACGUAAAAUCUUUGAAAAAAUUACGUUUAUUUCGGAAAUUUGUUGCAAUUUAUACGUACAUAGCCAUGAAAAAGUAAUUUUUUUAGAUUUUUGAGGAAGAGGGAGUUUUUAAAAUGGAAAGGCUAAGAACUUUCUACAUCUCUGUACGUGCUGUACUUUUUCGGCAUUUUUGACCCCUCCCAUCAUCCUCCCUUGUAACGCUUUGUAUUGCCUAGAUCCCUCCUUAAUAAUUACCAAGCGCUUGGCGGACCUGACCCCCUUAAGAGCCCAAAAAUUAAGGGAACUUGCUGAAUAUAUAGCUGGAUAAAAUUUGAAUUAUUUUUAAUGAUAGUGUAACAAAUAACAUCGAAGAGAGGAGGAUAAUACAAGAAUGUGACCAGCAAAAGAUUUCUAUAGAUUUUAUAUUUUUCUAUCAAUAGGCAAGAUUACAUAACGCUGGCACUGACACACCACCCCCUCCCUCUUGUAAUGCAGCGUAACUAAGGAUCAUACCCUCACCCUUUCCUCAAGCAUUAUGUACUUUAUGAAUACUCCCUUAUAGCUGAAGGACACCAAGAUUCGAAAGUUUUCUCACUUGUGCCCUUUAAUGUAUGGAGGCUUCAGUUCUUGUUGUUGUAAAUUUUUGAUCUGUUAUGUUAGACUUUUUUUACACUGUUCAUUUACAGCUUACCUAUUUCGUGUUUAUACAUCUUUUAUUAAAUGUGCAAUAAAUAAAAUAUGAUCAAA